CGUCUCUGGCCGCAGAAAAUCGACCAUCACAAGCACCUUCCCAGACAGCCUUGUCAAGGGCGACGCCAGCAAGAUGGUACUCCUUACAACAACUCCCCGUAUCCUUUCAGCCCUAUCUUCCCUCCCACCUUCCACCCUCUCCUCUCUCAGCAUCAGCCAGCUACCUACCACGCCCGGCUCGCCAAUCGAGCACACCACGCUCAUCGCUCUCUCUAGGCUGAGUUACCCACAAACUACCCUCAAUUGCCUCCUUCGCGGAACAAAGGUCUAUACUGCUCCACCUCCUCCCAAACCAGAACCGUCGGCUGGAUACAUUGCCCUGAUGGCACGCCUGCGCAAGGAACAAGAACGACGUGAGUACGCAAGCCUCAUCUCAAAGCGGACACCUCUCGAUACCAACGAGGAAGAUGCAUCAGAGAAGGACGACAUAACACCCUCUCUUGUCUUCAAUAUUCUACUCAGCAUAGUCAUGUGCGCGGGUGCGAUGUUCUACCUCACACGCUGGUGGCGCAAUGACGGCCUGCGGGUCCUUGUGUCGCUCUCCACAGGCAUCCUAGUCGGAGUUGCAGAAGUCACUGUGUACGCUGGGUAUCUCCGGAAAGUCAAGUUGAGCAGGGAAAAGGAGCGGACGAAGCGAGAAACGAAGGAGUACAUCGGCGAGUACACUGGUGAACCUGUUCGGCCGAUUGACCAUAUGGCUUCGGUAGAGAAGGAGGAGAUCUGGGGUCGAGGCGUGAACGGUGGGAUGAGAAGACGAGUUCGAGAGAAAUGGGAGAAAGAACAACAGUCUCCAUCAUGAAAAGUGGUAGUAAACUGCCGAUUUCAAUACCCAGAUCA